AUGAAUUUGAUGAAUUAUGCUUUGAGACGAUAUUCGAGCGUACAGAAUUCAAUGAGAGUUGAAAAUUUAAGAAGAAAUGUAAACAUGAUAAAUGAUGAAAUGUUAAAUUAUAAUGGUUAUAUGAGUAAAAGGAAAAGGGAAAAGUGUUUAAAAUUAGAUUUGAACAUUUAUGAACAACUAAAAAGAAAAAUGAUAGGGAAACCUUUAAAUAAAUUACAAAAAAAAUAUAUGAAUGAAAAACGUCCUAAUUUCGCUCCAAUAUUUUUAGAUCAAUUAAAGCCAAGAAUGGUUUUAUAUAAAACAGCUAUUCAAGUAAAUGAAUUACCUUUACCAAAAUAUCCAGAAAUAGCUUUUAUUGGUAGAUCUAAUUGUGGUAAAUCAACACUUAUUAACGAACUAUGUGGUCGGACAAAUAAAGCUAAAGUUAGCAAAAUACCUGGAUGUACUAAAGAAAUUCAUUUUUAUAAAAUAGGGAAACCAUGUUUAAUGUGUUUAGUAGAUUUACCAGGUUAUGGAUAUGCUGAAAGUAAAGAAGAAUUAAGAUUACAAUGGAAUGAAUUUACUUUAUUUUAUUUAAAAAAUCGAAAAAAUCUAAAAAAAGUUUUUGUUCUUAUUGAUUGUAGAGUUGGACUUAAAACUAGCGAUAAAGAAUUAUUACAUUUCUUUGAUAGAUAUAAUGUAAAAUAUCAAAUAGUUUUAAGUAAAUGUGAUUUAUUAAAUACAAAAGAUUUAGCUAUAAAAAUUCAAAUAAUUAAUCAAGAUAUUCUACCUUUCAAAAAUUUAGAGAAGCCUUUAAUUCCUUUAAGUUCAAUUAAAAAUCAAAAUUUAAGUGAACUUAGAAAUGAAAUUGCAAAAUAUCAAUUAAAUAAAACUAUUGUCAAAAAUAAUAUUGUCAUGAAAAUUAAUGAUUUAAUAGAACAAAAGAAAUUAAAAAAAUUAAAAAAUACUAAAGAUAAAAGUAUAAAUAUAAAUCUAAAUAUUAAUAACCAUACCUGUACAAAUAAUAUAAGUCAUAUAAAUGACAAUGUAGGGGAAAAUAAUUUAUCCGUUACAUUAAACAAUUCAGAUAUAAAGGAAGACACACAAAUUCAUAUUGAUAAUCAUAAUACAAAUAUAAAUAAUCCAAUUAAUGGAUAUAGGGAAAAAAGUAUAUUAAUAAGUGAUCAUACUAUUUUUGAAGCAUUAAAUAGAUGGAAUAAUAUUGAUACAAACAAAUCUAAUUAUAAUUAUAAUUAUAUUUUUAAUUUUAAUACUCAUAUGAAUAGUCACAUAAAACACUUAAUAAGUUCAUUACAUAAAAAAUUUAUCUCUCAAUGUUUAAGAGAGUAUAACAUUAAUGAUUUACAAAUUAUCGAUAACAUAAUUCAUCAGGAAAUUAUAGAAGGUGAUAAAAGUGAAGAAAAACUUGUUCCCAUAAAAAAUAAAAACGAAAAAAUAACAACUUCUAAUAAAUAUUAUCCAAAUGAUUAUAAGAUAAAUACUUAUCUAUAUCGUAAGCAAAAUAAAUUUCGAAACAAUAAAGAACAAGUGGAAUGUUAUAAUAUAUAUGAUAAGGAAAAUGUUAUAAAUGAUUCAUAUAAAUGUAAUUAUAAUUCUUUAAGUAAAUCACUUGAUGAAGAUGAUAAAAAUUCAGAACAAUUAGACGAAAACAUAAUUUUAAAAAAUGAUCUGUGUAUAAAUGAGAACGAUGAAAUAUUAUAUAAAGAAAAUUAUAUUAAUAAUAAGGAAAAGAACAAUAUAAAUAAUAAUAAUAAUUCUCAAAAUAUAGAAGAAAAAAAAAAAAGUUUAUAUAACCUUGCAGAAAAUUGUAUAGAUAAGAAAAAUGAAAAUGUAGAUAUAUUGUGUAAAAGUAUAAUCAAAGAUAUGAUGUCAAAUCAAGGAAAAAUGGAAGAUACCAAAGAAACAUAUGAGGAAUAUAAAAAUAAUAAUUUUAUAAAUGAUAAAAAUAAUAUAGAAAAGGAAUUAUUAGAAAAGAGCCUAUUUCCUUUUGAUCUUAGCCAAAGUAAAAAUCAGGACAAUAAUAUAUGUUCAGAGAAUAUACAAAUGAAUAAUUUAUUUAAUAAUCAACCUCAAACUAACCAAUGGAACAAUUUGUUUAAAAAAAAAGAUUAUAAUAAAAUAAAUGAUGAUAUUUUAUUACAGGAAGAAGAUACAUACGAAUGUGAAGAUUAUAUUAGUGGGCUUAAAAGACCAUCAAAAGAAAACUCAAACAGCAGUUUGUAUAAUUAUUCCUUUAAUAUAAAUGAUAAAAGUACACAUUAUAUAUAUGAAAAAAACAAAUCAGAUUCCUAUAAAAUAUAUAAGAGUAGACAAUUAGAAGAUAUACAUGAUCAACUCAAUGAUAAUUUAAUAGAUACACCAAAAAGGAAAGUCAAAGAAAAUGUAAUAAAUGCAGAUCUUAUGAAUGGUCAGGAUGUUUCUUCCAAAAAUCAUUUUAAUAAAAGAAAUACCAAUGGGUAUGCUGUUUGUAAAAUAAAUAAAGAUGAAUCAAUUAAUGAAGAAAAAAAAGAAUAUACAAAAAAAAAAAAGUAUAUUGGUUUAAAAACAAGAAGUAAAAUUAUAAAAGGUACCAAAAAACUUAAAUUAUUUGGAAAAAAGAAAAAACAUGAUAUUGUAAAUACACCUAUCGACUUAGCAACUGAUUAUUUCAAAUUGAAUAAUAGUUCCACAUUUUAUGAUAAGAAAAAAAACAGUUGGAAUUAUAUAAAUGCUAAAUAUAACAAAUGGAUAAAAAAAUCUAACCGUAAAAAUAUUGCAUCUGAACUUCCUCUUUCUCCUGUCAAAAAGGAAGAAGUAAUGAAACGCUAUGUACAAAAACAAGAAACGAAAUAUACAAAAGAAAAAAAUAAAUUCCUACGACAAAAGAAAAACUUAGGUAUGAUAUCAAAACCUCCAAAUCAUAAAAAUAAAAAAAGGAUUUCCAAAAAUUAUAGCUUAUCGGAUGAACAAAAAAUAUUUGACAGAGAAGCAUUUUUUAAAUAUCGCGAUGUCCAAAAGUGA